UUUAUUUGUAUUCGUGUUUUUUUAUUAUUUUUUUUUAUUGUUUUAGUUUUCAAAUAUGAUGUUAGUAUAUUUUUAGUUAUUUAUUUGCAGAGGCGGUGUUUCAGCACGUGCAUGACUAGUAAAGAACAGAAAUCAGCGUCGGUGUGCAGCUGCGCUCCGGUGCGCAUCACAGUACAGCGCGUGCGCUCCGCUGCUUCGGUUCCACCGUGUCCUUCUCGCGAACAUGGCGGCGCCUGCGCUCUCCAGCCGGGCUGGUUCAGCUGGUAGUAGCCCCACCGCCACCCCGAGCAGCACCAAACACAUCCCGCACUCCCCCGAACUGGACUUCAGGUCCGGAACCAGGACCGAGGAGCUUAACCGGCUGAUCGCCGAAUUCAGCAAGUACGAGCAGCGCGAGUACGACGACCAGCGUGCGCUCGAGAUCCACACGGCCAAGGACUUCAUCUUCUCCAUGCUCGGCAUGGUGCAGAAGUUGGACCAGAAGCUUCCGGUUGCAAACGAGUACCUGCUGUUGUCCGGCGGCGUACGGGAAGGUGUGAUUGACAUGGAUCUGGAUGAGUUGACGGUGUACGCGCGGGGAACUGAUUACGACAUGGACUUCACGUUACUGGUUCCCGCGCUCAAACUCCACGACAGAAACCAGCCGGUCACGCUAGACAUGCGUCAGUCGGCGCUCUGCCACUCCUGGCUCAGCCUGCGUCUGUUUGACGAGGGAACCAUCAACAAGUGGAAGGACUGUUGUACGGUUGUAGACCAUGUUAACGGUGCCACCAAUUACUUUUUCUCGCCCACGCUGGUGGCCGACUGGUUCUACGAGUCCAUUAGUAUGGUCCUAGCGGAGAUUCAGAAGAAGCCUCAGCGCGGCGUCCCUCGGGUUGAAAAGGUUGAGCGCAACGCAACCAUAAUCUCCAUCAUUUUGGGCGUCGGAGGCAGUCGGAUGCUGUACGAUGUGGUUCCAGUAGUCUCGUUUAAAGGAUGGCCAGCGGUGGCCCAAAGCUGGCUAAUGGAAAACCAUUUUUGGGACGGGAAAAUCACGGAGGAGGAAGUGAUUAGCGGGUUUUAUUUGCUGCCUGCGUGCUCCUCAACAGGCCAGAAGGAAAACGAAUGGCGCUUGUCGUUUGCGCGCAGCGAGGUGCAGCUGAAGAAGUGCAUCUCUGCGAGUCUCAUGCAGGCGUACCAGGCUUGUAAAGCUCUGAUUAUUAAACUUCUCUCUCGACCCAAAGCCAUCAGUCCGUAUCAUCUGCGCUCGCUCAUGCUUUGGGCCUGCGACCGCCUGCCGCAUACAUACUUGGCGCAGGAAGAUUACGCCGCGCACUUUUUGCUCGGGUUGAUCGAUGACUUGCAGCACUGCUUGGUGAAUAAAACCUGUCCGAAUUACUUUAUCCCGCAAUGCAACAUGCUAGAGCACCUCAGCGACGACACGGCCAUGUUGCAUGCGCGUAAGUUGUCGUCUGUGCGCUCCGACCCAGCAGAACACUUGCGCAGCGCGAUCGAACACGCAAAAGCCGCGUCACGACUCACGCUUGAGCUCCAUUGGCGCGGAGGAAGCUCAAACCUGUCAUCUCCUCUGUCCGACACCGGAACGGAUCAGCAACCGGACGACCGGCUCGCGAAGAAACUCCAGCAGCUGGUCACGGAGAAUCCUGGGAAGUCUAUCUCAGUCUUCAUCAAUCCAGACGAUGUCACGCGACCUCACUUUCGUAUCGAUGACAAAUUCUUUUGAAGCCGCGUCUAUUGAUCUGACUGGGAACAAACUAACUUUCGCAUCAAUUAUACAUUUUUCUGAAGCCACACCCCUGAUCUGAUUGGGUGCUGACUGCAGAUGCUGUCACAUGACCUCACUUUUGCAUCAUUGAUAAAGUCUUCUAAAACCACGCCCAUUGAUCUGAUUGGGGGCAGACGACUUCAGUAUAGCUUUAAUUAUAAAUUCUUCUCAAGCCACACCCCUUAGUCUUUUGCAUUGAUGACACAUUUUUCAGAAGCCACGCCCCUUGGAUCUGAUUGGGCGUUGGCUGUAGAUGACCUGACAUUUGCAAUGUUGACGUUAUUCUGAAGCCACGCCCUCUGAUCUGAUUGGGAGGUUAUUACCUCACUGUAGUAUUAAGGUUCAAUUCCUCACAAGUCACACCUCCUAAUCCGGUUUGGCGCUGAUUUCAGAUGACCUGACAUUUGCGUUGAUGACAUACUUCAUAACACUGUUUUGUUAUUUCUUUCUGUUUUUAAUGAGUCCCAGAAGCAGGAAGUUGUGUUUUGCACAGAGCCGGAGAUGUUAAACGCUUCAGGCUCUGAACAUGAUGUUAAAAAUGGACAUGAUCCUAUUUCACUGCUGCCAGUUUUAAGUCGUGUUCUCGUAUCUGUUCCUCUCCAUUAUGGACGCCCAGCUUUUACGGGAAGGAUAGAGAGAGAGAGCGGAAGAUUUAUGGAAGGAUGUGGGUGAGGACGGUUUGUGCAUGGCUCACAUGGAAAACAGGAAACCCAUAACUCCACUCAGAAGUGCAAUUAGACAUAUUGUGUUUAUAGCUUUACUUGUAAGUAACUGUAACAUGAUAGUAUAAACACGCUAUUUUAGACACCAUUGUUUCACAGUCACACUUACAGAACAACUUUAUUCUCACCAACUAACUGCACAUUAAGUCUCCAAAAUACAAACUCCAUGUGAUGAUGGAUGUUUUUUGUUUUGUUUUUUAACACACAGUCUCUUGGGGUGAAUCUCAUGAAAACAUUUCCGUGUAACAUUUUACAUACCCCCCACCCCCCAAAAUAUGUAUAAUUAUAUUUUGCAUUAAGAUUUUGAACUCAUUUUUUUUUUACUCUCAUUAGAUUCACAUUACUUUAAUUUGUGUUUUUUAGCCUAAAUUUAAAGAUAGUUCAUUAAAUAAUACUGCCAUUUUUUUUUUCAUUGCAUUAAUUAGUUGCAAAGGAAAAUGUGUUUUUCAUGAAAAAUCUUGAUCUUAGUUUUUAGAUUGCUUUCAUGAGAUUCACUCAUUGAGGAAAAAAAAAUUGUCUGUUUUUUUAUUUUUAUAUAUAUAUAUAUACUGUAUGCUGCUAAACAUGAUAGGUGCAUUUGAUAAUUUGUUUUUGUAAUAAUUUGAGUAUUUUGAUUUAUUAUGUGAUGUGCUCUGUAACUGCUGUAUUUCACCUGCCCACUUUUCCCAGUUAGACCAAUCAGCCUCAGCCAAUCAUGUGAUCUUUCCAUUUGAUUGGUGGGAGGGACGGACCAGAACAGACCAAUCGUGAAUCAUCAAGCUCUACAGGGACCAAUCGUAAUGCCUUAUCACAGAAAUCAACCAAUGGGGUGUUUUUAUUCUGAUUAAGUAGAUCCUAAAGACUCUUUUACAGCCCCACCUUGUGUUUCUUUUUAUAUCUGAAUCAGGACAUAUCAGAACUAAACAGAAUGUGUUUCUUCAUUAGGCUAAUGUCCUGGAGAAUUAUGUGUACAUGUUAUUCUUAUGCUUGAUAAAUAUUUAACAUGCCAGUGGGCUUAUAGACACCUUAACAAAAUAACAUAUCUGCUCUGGAUCAGUAUUGCAUUGCAUUUUAAACCUGUGUUUGGUAAAUAAAGCUGUACAGAAACUCAAAA